AUGGAGAACGACCGUGGCGAGAUUGUCGACCUCUACGUCCCCCGCAAGUGCUCUGCGACGGGCAGAAUCAUCAAGGCCAAGGACCACGGCUCCUGCCAGAUUACAAUCGCCAAGGUCGACGAGAACGGCCGGGCUAUCCAGGGCGAGAACAUCAUCUACGCCCUCUCGGGUUUCGUGCGGGCCAUGGGCGAGAGCGACGAUGCGCUGAACAGGCUCGCUCAGCGGGACGGGCUCCUCAAGAACGUCUGGAGCGCCCAGCGAUAG